AUACCCAUGAUGCUUAUAUCAAAUACCUGCCGUAUCCAUCUGGAUAGAACCGAAAGGGGAAGGGCAGGGGAGGGGGUUGAGUUGAGGCAGGGAUUGAGAACCAAAGUCUGCUUGUAAAAGGAACUGUGCUGAUGCUGGUGAUUGCCAAGUUGGUAAGGUAGCAGAAUUCUGGAGAUUGUUGUUGGAUUAAGGGAUGCAGUGGAUUUAGCUAUUGAAUUACCAGGAAUAAGAAAUGGCUGUGCUUCUUACUGCAAAGAUAUCCCCCUUCACUUGCCAAACAUCGAGAAAAACCUCAAACCCCAACAAUGACUCUGUCUGUAAACUGCAAUUGAAGUGUAAUUCUGUUGUGUCAUCUCAAGCUGCUUCUUCAAGUCGUCGGCAUAUUCUAGUCUGCAGUGCUUCAUUUCUUGCCAUUCAGAAUCUAAAUUGCAUCUCAAUGCCAUUGCCAGUAAGAGCGGAAGAGGAAUCAAAUGACCAAGAGGAGAAAGAUGGAGUUGUUGGAGCCAUUAAAUCACUGUUUGAUCGUAGUGAGAAAACCAAAUCUGGGAAACUAUUGCCCAGGGCUUACCUCAAGUCAGCACGAGAGGUUGUAAAGACACUGCGUGAGUCAUUAAAUGAAGACCCCAAGGAUAUUGCCAAAUUUAGACGGACUGCAGAUGCAGCAAAAGAGUCCAUUAGAGAGUAUCUGAGCAGUUGGAGAGGACAAGAAAAGGUGGCGCAUGAGGAAUCAUAUGUGGAACUAGAAAAGGCAAUCAGAUGUCUGGCCAGUUUCUACUCGAAGGCUGGCCCAUCUGCACCACUUCCUGAAAAGGUCAGGUCUGAGAUAUUAAAUGAUUUGAGUACGGCUGAAGAAUUUUUGUAGCAGAUGAGCAACUCGAGUGCAGAUUUCAGGAUUGCAGAUAGGCUGCAUUGUCUAUGUGCAAUCAAUCUUUAUUUCAUAUUAAAAAGCAGGGAAAACAGAAAAGAAAAAAGAAAGAAAGAAAGCUCAGAUCGUGAGUCCAGAUAUGCUGUGAGCCUUAGAAAAUAGGAAAUUUAUGACUAUGAUUCUAUAUUCCUGUAAAAUUCAUGCAAUCCAAGCACUUUUAUGUCAA